AGCCAUUUUUUUUUUUUCACGGGCACUUCUUCCUCUUUUAAAACAAAGUCUUCUUGAUUUUUCUUUUUUUUUGCCAGAGUCUUCUUGAUAUUGAAUCAGCUGAUGUCACGAGUUUCCUCGGGUUCCCUUUCUCUCUCUAAAUAUCUUAUUCAUAUGAAAACAACAUUCACCGUUGCUCUUCCCUUCAUUUAAAGUUUCUUUCUUUCUUUUCUUUUUUUUCAAAAAUUUUCUUUUCUUUUUUCUCAUUUCCAUUAACGCUUUCUCUCUGAUUCAGUACUGACAUAUGUCCCCUCUCCUCCCGACUUGGUAACUUCUUUAGAGCCCUUUCUUUCUCGUUUCUUUCCAUUUUCUUUUCCUUUUCUUUCUUUCUUUUUCUUCUUCACUUUCCUUCUAGUUUCUCAUUUGAUUCUCAGCCAAUCACCACACGAUCACUAUACGUCUAUAGACUCUAUACCCCUUUUUCUUUAUUCUCUGUAUGCUUUAUUCCUUAUUCCCCAGCUAGCUAGAUUGCUAUAGGCUCCUAAAUCCUAUAUUACUUCAAGGUUUUUUCUUUUUGGUUUCUUUAUUCCAGAACAUGGGUUUCUCAGAGAAGCCUCAAGUUGAUUCUGGGAUGGAACUGGAUGCUAAAAAAUGGGUUAUUGCAGGAAUUCCUUUGAGAGCUCCUUUAAAGCCCAUUUUUACAAAUCCUGUAGAGAAAGAAAGCGAAACUGAUGAGUGUUCAACGACGACGACCACACCGACGAGUGAAGAUGCUAGAAUUCCGACGUCAAUGACAUGCCCGCCGGCUCCCAAGAAGCGAAAGGCUACUUCGAAAUGUAGUUACAGUGGUGUUAGAGAGUUCUUUACUCCUCCUUCUGACUUGGAAACCGUUUUUAUACGCCGGUUCGAAAGGGCUAAGUAAUUGACUGAUCAUUGCUGAUGAAGUUUUGCAGGCUUUUUUGGCUCUUGCGAUUUGCUUUCUCGUACCUUAUAGUUUUCUUUGUUUCUUUGGUUUUCAGUUAGGGGAACUUUCUAGCUAGUGUUUAUUUUAUUUAGGAGAGGGAGCUUUUGUACAGCUUGUAUAAAUAAAAUAAAAGCAACAACUGAUCUUGCUAGCUAGCUUUUCGAAGCUCCUUUAAGGAUUUGUUCUCUCUCGCUCACAAGGUUCAUGUUAUGGUUAGCUGUUAUAAUUAACAAGUUCCUUUAAUUUCCUUU